AAUAACAAUAAUAAUAAAAUUUACAAAUAAUAUAUAGUGGGAUUCGAUUCAGACGCAUUAUAAGAUGGUAUUGGUGACUUCCGUGGCAAAUCAAGGGAAGGUUAGGCAUCGUUUCUCAACUCCAAUACCAUUCAAAAGUUAAGAUUAGAGUGACAACCCUUGUUCCUAUUCCAUCCAUGUCAGCCUCAACAAAUUCAUCCCUUACUGAAGAACAUCGAGUGCAACAGAUUGAACUACUAACGUCCACUAACGAUGAGCAUGGCGGUGUUAUUGUCGAAAUGGAUGAGCCUAUGGAUUCUGCAACCUUUGUUUCCCUUCUUAGAGCUUCAAUUUCGCAUUGGAAACAGCUGGGCAAGAAGGGCGUUUGGAUAAAAUUGCCUAUUCAUCUAGUCAGUCUCGUUGAAGCUCUAGUUAAGGAAGGAUUUUGGUAUCACCAUGCAGAACCAAAAUAUUUGAUGCUUGUAUAUUGGAUUCCAGACACCACAAAUACUAUUCCAGCAAAUGCCACGCACCGAGUGGGUGUUGGUGCUCUUAUCGUGAAUGAAAAACGAGAGGUCCUGGUGGUUCAAGAAAAGAGUGGACAUUUCCAAGGAUCUGGAGCCUGGAAAUUCCCUACUGGAGUUGUUGAUCAGGGAGAAGAUAUUUGUGUAGCUGCAGUGAGAGAGGUCAAAGAAGAAACAGGUGUUGACUCAGAAUUUGUGGAAGUAUUAGCAUUCAGACAAAGUCACAUGUCAUUCUUUGAGAAGUCAGAUCUAUUCUUUGUGUGCUUGAUGCGCCCUCUUUCUUCUGACAUACAAAUACAGGAACUAGAGAUAGAGGCUGCACAGUGGAUGCCAUUUGAUGAAUAUGCAGCCCAGCCAUUUAUGGAGAAGUAUGAGCUUUUGAAGUGCGUCAAUGAUAUCUACUUGGCAAAGAUUGAUGGACGAUAUUCUGGAUUUACUCCUGUAUCAACAACAUCAAAAUUCUCUGAGAGAAAGAACUAUCUUUACUUGAAUGCUGAGAGCCUGAAGAGGCGUAAGUCUUUAUAAAGCAUAAAUAAAGAUUUACACAAUUAGAAAGGAUUCGAUUUUAGCAACAUAGUGUUAUUUAAUUCAUUAUGUAAACAAUGCAGAUCUCUACAUUAGGUAAGUUGACGUAAUUUACAAUAGUUAAAGCAGUAUUUUCAUUGAAUUUCACGAAUUUGACAGGCAACAUGAAUGCUCGCAUAAGAAUAUUUCUAGUUAGCAAAAUAUGGGACAAUAAUAUCGGUUGACCUUAUGAGCACUACAAA